AUGCUCACCAACCGGAGGUGGUGUCUACUUGACGUCUCAGUAACACCAUCCUUUUGUAGCGGUUCUGAUCACCUUCUCCUUCGUGCGGAAAUACGACUUAGCCACACGAUGGAAAAGAACAUCUGCUAUCGGCAACGAAGGAGAAAAGAAGUCGUCUACGACGAUUGCUCCUUGUCCCAAGGUGACUGGCACAUCGAGGAGGACCCAAACGUGGACUACGAGAUGCUGCUCAGAGGAUUACGAGCCUGCGCUGAACGUGUCUCGAAGCCGCGCACGACAAACUUAGAUCGAAUUUCGAAGAUCACCAAGAAAUUGUUGGAAAGAAGAAGGGCUUUGAGGCUUGAUCCGAAUACAGCGCACAUUGAGCGGUUAGUAGCAAACACUAGCUGCAGAAAAGCAUUGCAGAAGGAUCUUUUGAAGUACAGGCAGAAGAAGAUUUUAGAAGCAGCACAAAGAAGAACGAGUCUAAAGAAGUCCCGCAACGAUCUCCACGAAUAUAAUAUUCCGCUAGCAACCUUGCUGAGCGAAGACGGGACUCGCACGUCUUCUCGUCGUGAGAUGGAAAUCAUUACGGAGAGGUUCUACUCGAACCUUUUCCGUUCAUCAACUCCUGUGUCAAGCCCAACCAUCUCCACUGGCGAAGCUCCACCACAGAUUCUCCCUUCGGAAGUACGAGUCGCUAUCAAGAGCAUGAAACCUGGCACAGCCCCCGGACCUGAUUUUGUAUCAGCAGACUUUCUUUGGACUGGUGGCCAUCCGCUUCAUGUAAUCUUAGCAGCGCACAUGACAUCCUAUCUUCAGAAAGAAAGGAUCCCAGACCAGUGGAAGACCUCGCGAACCGUUCUUAUCCAUAAGAAAGGUGACCGAGAGGACCUUCGGAACUACCGUCCGCUAUGCUUGCUGAGCGUGUUAUAG